CUCUCGCGCCUACAGUGGUGGAAUCGAACGUCCCCGAGCGCACACGGCGUAGAGAGAAGAGUACGGCGCACGAGUCUCUGGAAGGAAGAUAACGGUUUAUUUUUUGCCCCCGCUCCACUCAAACAACAAGAACAAACCAAACCUGAUUUUUUUAGGGGGGGUUAGAGAGUCUUCUCAUAACAAGGAGGAGGGAAGGAUUGGACUCGCAAGUUUUUUUUUUUUUCGUUUUUUCCUUCCUUUUCCUAAAAGAGGAUUCUGUGUUUCACUGUGGUUUGUUCUUCGUUCUCGCCGCAAAGAUGAUGGUCGGAGAGGUCGAAGUGAAGGAGCGACCGAGGCCGAGUCCCGACUAUUUAAUGCAAUUAUUAAACGAGAAGAAGCUCAUGACCAGUUUGCCAAAUCUCUGUGGUAUCUUCACACACCUGGAGAGGCUUCUUGAUGAAGAGAUCAACAGAGUGCGUAAAGACAUGUACAGCGACACAGUGAAUGGCCUUGUGGACAGACACCCUCUGGAGCUGCCUGAGCCUCUCGGACCCAUCGUCCACCUGCAGGAAAAACUGUUUGUGCCUGUCAAAGAGUACCCUGAUUAUAACUUUGUGGGGAGAAUCCUUGGCCCUCGGGGACUCACAGCCAAACAGUUGGAAGCAGAGACAGGCUGCAAAAUCAUGGUGCGAGGCAAGAGCUCCAUGAGAGACAAGAAGAAGGAGGAGCAGAACAGAGGGAAGCCAAACUGGGAACACUUAAACGAAGACCUUCAUGUCCUGAUCACAGUGGAAGACACACAGGGCAGAGCUGAGAUCAAGAUGAGGAGAGCGGUGGAGGAGGUCAAGAAGCUCCUUGUACCUGCCGCGGAGGGAGAAGACAAUUUGAAGAAGAUGCAGCUGAUGGAGCUAGCGAUCCUCAAUGGGACAUACAGAGACAACAACAUCAAAGCACCCACCCUUGCAUUCUCUCUUGCAGCGGCAGCCGCUAACGCUCAGGGCCAACGUCUCAUUGCGGCCCCCACAGGUCAGGUGUUGCCUCCCCAGGCACUCCGGCCCCAAACACCAUCUGGGGCCCCCAUCAUGAACCUCAUCCGGCCCAGUCAGAUGGCUGCCAUGCUGCCCAACGGCACCCCCACCCUGGUGCCUCCCACACCGGAUGGCGGGCUUAUCUACACCACCCCUUACGAUUACCCUUACGCCCUGGCACCCACCUCCCUGCUGGAGUACCCCAUCGAGCACAGUGGGGUUCUAGGUAAGAGAUUCUGGGGAAGCAUGGGUCCAGCAGGUACAGCGGCCAACUUUAGCCAGUAUGGACAGGAGGGCAACUUGUUUUACCAUGGAGCUGGGGUUCUGGAUGCAGCUGCCAUGAGCCACAGUCAGGACUUGUUGAAAGGUGCAAUGGCUACUAAAGUGAGACGGCAUGACACGCGGGUCCAUCCUUACCAAAGGAUUGUGACCGCUGACAGAGCCGCCACCGGCAACUAACACAUGACCUUCUGACCUCUGAACUCUUCACCCAAUGACGAGCCGCCCCAAGCCUGCCUGCUGAUCAGUUAACUGGUAAUUGCCUUUUGCUAGCCUCUCGGACGCAAGUGAGAGAGUGAGAGAGAGGGAGGCGCCUGCCCAUACAGUUACCUUAACACGUUCUGACAAAAAACAUAGAAAUCAACGCAGAAUCUUCACAGACACACAACAAAACCCAACAAAGUUGUGUAAUAUUCAUUUUUUCCCUCUGUUCAUUGAGUUAAAUUCUCAUUCUUUCUCUUUCUUUUUCUUCAUGAAUCAUAUACUGGGUGGAUGUGUUUGUGGUAUUACUCAUAAGUCUGCACUGAAUUAUAUAGCAAUAAAGACCCCCCCCCCGACCUCCUUUAAUCGCUCUAAUUUGGUGACCUCACUUGUGUGAAUCAAAAUCUAUUUGACGCAAACCAUUUGGUUUCAGAGUAAUGACAUCAUCCUCCUUUCUCAAAAAAAAGCCUUUACCUGCCCCACCCUGUUCCAACACCCACUUAUUGGGAGAGAAAGAGAAAUAGAAGGAAAGAGAACAUACUCCCACAUUAACUUGUUUAAUUUCUGUCAUUUUCACAAGUAGUGCAGUUGUUGAGCUCUAAAAUGUAACUAUGAGCUGACACAUUCUGGAUGUGCCCCUCCAAACUGCUUUCUGUCCCGUUUUUAAAAAGCAUGGCUGAAAUGAUUGCAAAAAAAGCUUUUCAUGAUUUGUGUCUUUUUUUUUUUUAUUCUUUUUUUUUGCUUUACUUUUGAGUAAUUUUCUCAACUUGAUUUUGGUUUCUACGUUAUUCAUAUUUGACUAAUUAGCUUUGCUCAAAUUGAUUAGCCAAAAUAAGGCAGAUGGCUAUCUCUGAAAAACGAAACGCAAUCUGAUGUUUGAAAACAGGAUGCAGAAACUAAGAAAUAAUGAAGGGCAAGAUGGGAAGGUCACUAUUUGGGCUGAUGGGUCUUUGUGUGUGUGUGUGUUUCUUUUUUAAAUAAAACUACAAUGAAAGUAGGGUGUGCUGAGGCUUGGGGGACAUUGAAGCAGUGCUUAUUAGCUACUGUUCAUUGCUAUGCCCCUAUCCACACUACAUUCAUUAUACAGUGCCUGAUGUAUUUAGAAAAAUAUCUCAAUGAGUUAGCUGAGCUGUGAUUGAAAAGACAAAAAAAAAGUAUUAAGUGUGCAUAUUUAGCCAAAGGAUUUUCCAAUGAAAUAUAUAUCUGCAAUUAUGCAUCUGUUUCACAGAGGGCGCUCUCAUGAUUUUAGAGUUUGGUAAGGUGUGAGUUUGUGGUGCCUGCCUUUAGCUGGAACAGACAGCCAGUCAGUUAGAUGAGUUUUGACCCAUUAAUGCUCUACUUGCAGGCAAUAAACACUAAAGUCAACAAGCUACUCAAUUACAGUUCAUUGCUAAGGGGAAGGGCACUUUGAAGUGUACAACUUGUGCAUACAUGCUUUUGUCAUGAGGCUUCUAUCUUGAGUUGUUUCAUCAGCUACGUUGCCAAACGAGUGUUUAUUUCUUUAUUUUUCUUUUUUUUUAAUUUCACUGUUUGGCCAUUAUUUAAGUGUCUUUUUUUUUUUUUUUUAACCCGUCAUCAGUUACGACAUCAGGUGGACAUGCUCUGAGCCUUCCUGCUAAUACUUUUUUUUUAUUAUUAUUACUUUGGUGAUUAAGCAUUUAUUUUGAGCACAUGACGAACCCUCCAAAAGCGCAUCCACAAUGUGUCACACCUCCCUGUGAUCGUAGUCUCGCUCCUGAGCCCACACCUUUUUUGGUUCAACUCUCUC